CAAAAUGCACAAACAAUGGUAUUUGCCAUUGAGGAAAUAAACAAUAGAACUGAUAUUCUUCCAGGGAUCAUUUUGGGUUAUAAAAUCUAUGAUACCUGUGGAUCAGUUGAAAUGACCACAAGAGCCUCCUUGUCUUUAGUCAAUGGCCAAGGAGAAAGUUCAAUUUCAGUGCCCUGUUCAAAACCUGAAACUGUUCAAGCAAUCAUAGGACAAACAUCGUCUACCCCCACUAUUGCCAUAUCUGCUACAGUGGGACCUUUGCACAUACCUGUGGUGAGUCACUUUGCAACAUGUGCAUGCCUAAGCGACAGAAAAAAACACCCAACUUUCUUCAGAACUGUUCCCAGUGAUUAUUUCCAGAGCAGAGCUUUGGCAAAGCUGGUCAAACAUUUUGGAUGGACCUGGAUAGGAGCCGUAUGCAGUGAUAAUGACUAUGGGAAAAAUGGUAUAAAUGAAUUUAUCAGUGCAGCCAAAGAAGAGGGAAUAUGUGUUGAGUAUUCCCAGGCAUUUUAUAAGACAGACCCCAGAGAAAAAAUUUUGAAAAUAGUUGAAAUUAUCAAGGCUUCAAGCUCCAAAGUUAUUGUAGCUUUUGUCGCAGACUCUGACUUUGGGUUUCUUCUGAGGGAAAUGGCCUUGCAAAACAUGACUGGGUUUCAGUGGAUUGGAAGUGAGUCCUGGAUCUCAGAUUUGAACACUGCCAAUGCUGAAUGGCAGCAUAUUCUGAAAGGGUCUGUGGGUUUUGCUAUCCCACAAGCUAAAAUCAAUGGCCUAGAGGAAUUUCUAACCAUGCUUAAUCCAGCUUCUAAUGUAGAUCUUUACAAAGAGUUGUGGGAGACAAUAUUUCAGUGUAAACUUCUGACACAAGAAAAUGUUAAGAUGAAACAAUUGUGCAAGAGCAAUGAAAGUCUCACUCAAGUUCAAAACCUUUAUACAGAUGUUUCAGACUUACGAAUUGCAAAUAAUGUUUAUAAGGCUGUGUAUGCUGUGGCUUAUGCCCUGCACAACAGUUACAGCUGUUCAGAGAGGGAGCGUGGACAAGAAGGUGCUAAUGUAUGUACAAACCUAGCAGAUAUCCAGGAACCAUGGAAGGUAUCAAAUGAGUUGAAGAAAAUCCAUUUCACCACUACAACAGAAGAGGAUGUAUUCUUUGAUGAGAAUGGAGACCCAGCAGCGAGGUAUGAUGUGCUGAACUGGCAGCAAGGCAAAGAUGGUAAAACAAUGUUUGUUAAAGUGGGCUUCUAUGAUGCCUCUCUGCAAACACACCUUCAACUAUCAUUUAAAAACAACAGCAUAGUCUGGGCCCACAAUAAACCACAGGUGCCAGUCUCUGUGUGUAGCCACAGUUGUCCCCUAGGCUUCAGGAAGGCUGUGCAGAAAGGAAGGCCAAUCUGCUGCUUUGACUGUAUACCAUGCGCAGAGGGGGAAAUAAGUAAUAUAACAGAUUCUCUAACUUGCAUCAAGUGCCCUCCUGAUCUGUGGUCUAAUGACAAGAAAGAUACCUGUGUCUUAAAGCUGGUUGAAUUCUUGUCAUUUCAGGAAAUAAUGGGAAUCAUUCUUGUAUCAUUUUCUUUGUUAGGAGUAUUUUUGACCAUCUGCAUUGCUGUAAUUUUCUUUAAACACAAGGACACACCAAUUGUUAGAGCAAAUAAUUCUGAGCUGAGCUUUCUGUUGCUCUUCUCUCUGACUCUGUGUUUCCUCUGUUCAAUUACUUUUAUUGGAUGGCCCUCUGAUUGGUCCUGUAUGCUGCGCCACACAGCAUUUGGGAUCACCUUUGUCCUCUGCAUCUCCUGUCUUCUGGGUAAGACAUUAGUGGUGUUAAUGGCCUUCAGGGCUACACUUCCAGGUAGUAACGUCAUGAAAUGGUUUGGGCCUGUACAGCAGAGACUCAGUGUACUUGCCUUCACUCUUGUACAGGUCAUUAUUUGUGUACUUUGGUUAACAAUAUCCCCUCCUUUUCCAUACAGUAAUAUGAACUACUACAAGGAAAAGAUUAUAUUAGAAUGUAAUGUAGGCUCAGCUAUAGGUUUCUGGGCUGUGCUGGGAUAUAUAGGACUCCUGGCUCUUUUGUGUUUUAUUUUGGCAUUUUUGGCCCGCAAGCUGCCUGACAAUUUCAAUGAAGCCAAAUUCAUCACAUUCAGCAUACUCAUAUUCUGUGCAGUUUGGAUCACUUUUAUUCCUGCUUAUUUCAGCUCUCCUGGAAAAUUCACUGUAGCUGUAGAGAUAUUUGCCAUUUUAGCCUCAAGCUUUGGUUUACUAUUCUGCAUAUUUGUUCCAAAGUGCUAUAUAAUCAUGCUAAAACCAGAUAAGAAUACUAAAAAGCAAAUGAUGGCUAAAGCACCUGCUAAAUCAUUUUAG